UAUAAAUUAAUAAUCUAGCGUUCCAUUUCUAGUGCACUAUAUGUUGAAGGUCAAACUAUUUGGAAUUCAGCCACUGGUUUUUCUCCUCCAGCCUACCUCUGUUAUUGUAACAGGAUUGUAUUGGAAAUUAAAUGGUCGUAGAACGAUAGAGAUGUUUAGCUCCCUUGUUUAACCCGGAAGCAGUUCUGGGAGGUCACAAUGGGAAGUAAGGUUAGCACUGGCAAGAUGGCGGCUGCCGCUCGGGUCGUGCAGGUUGUGCGACCUCAUGCACCACGGAUCAAAUUCCCAAAUCGCCAGGACAUGCCCAGGCCAAACGUGCAAGAAGCAAUAAAGUUGCUCAUAGCCAACAUGCCACACACACCGACACCUGAAGCAGUGCAGUCCACUACACCAGCUCUCAGACCCACUGGACCCAUCAGUCGACUCCCCGGCACACCAGACAGCAUCACUAUUGUUAAAGAGCUUCCACAAAGAUACCGGCGACGAGCCCUUGCAAUCGAGGAGAUGGACUAUAUUCAGCGCGGUGGGCCUGAGUGACGAGUCAUCAUUAAAUUGUUCCAGCACUGAUAGCUGUAGAGGCCAUGGACAGAGGGCUUCACCUUACAAGAAUAAAAAGUCACUGUUCAACUGUAUAUAGGGGUGAUUUUCAAAAAAUAUAUAAUUCUUAAAUAAGGGACAGGUAGUUUUCCUCAUUUCAACCUAAGUGUUAUGUUUGCAGGAUGGACUUUUUGAGGAGAGAGUUAUUUCGAGCUGCAUUGAACUAUAAAUCGACUUUUCUGUUUAUCAUCAGCCAUCCACAUUAUUACAAGUAGAUCAUUUCACUACUUCACCCCAAAGACACGCUACUCAGUGUCGGUGUGGUAGUUCGGCACAAGAAGGAAUAUCGGUUCACUGUAUGGACCGUGUGUAAAUUGGGGUAUUAAAUUUAUAUUCAAUUA